AUGGCGACUACGGCGUGGCUGCUGGGGCUGCGUGCGGGGAGCUGGAGGCUGCAGGCGCCGCUGUCGCCGCUGGCCCGCGUCGUUUCCCGGCGGGCCCACUCGCUGCUGGCGGUGGACGAUGCGAUCAACGGGCUGACUGAGGAGCAGAAGCAGCUUCGUCACACCCUCUCUAAGUUCCUGCAGGAGCACCUAGCCCCCCAGGCCCAGGAGAUUGAUCGAAGCAAUGAAUUCAAGAACUUUCGAGAGUUUUGGAAGCAGCUGGGGAAACUGGGAGUCCUGGGCAUCACAGCCCCUGCCCAGUAUGGCGGCUCUGGCAUGGGCUACCUGGAACAUGUGCUGGUGAUGGAGGAAAUAUCCCGAGCUUCUGGAGCCGUGGGACUCAGUUACGGUGCCCACUCCAAUCUCUGCAUCAAUCAGAUUGUGCGCAAUGGCAAUGAGGCCCAGAAGGAGAAGUACCUCCCCAAGCUGAUCAGUGGGGAGUACGUCGGAGCCCUGGCCAUGAGUGAGCCCAAUGCUGGCUCUGACGUUGUCUCCAUGAAGCUAAAAGCUGAAAAGAAAGGAGAUCACUACGUCCUGAAUGGCAACAAGUUCUGGAUCACCAAUGGCCCUGAUGCCGACGUCCUUGUUGUCUAUGCCAAGACCGACCUGGCUGCUGUGCCCGCUUCUCGGGGCAUCACCGCCUUCAUCGUGGAGAAGAGCAUGCCUGGCUUCAGCACCGCCAAGAAGUUGGACAAGCUGGGGAUGAGGGGUUCUAACACCUGUGAGCUAAUCUUUGAAGACUGCAAGGUUCCUGCAGCUGAGAACAUCUUGGGCCAUCUAAGUAAGGGCGUCUACGUGCUGAUGAGUGGGCUGGACCUGGAGCGGCUGGUGCUGGCUGGUGGGCCCCUUGGGAUCAUGCAGGCCGUCCUGGACCACACCAUUCCCUACCUGCACGUGAGGGAAGCCUUUGGCCAGAAGAUUGGCCACUUCCAGCUGAUGCAGGGGAAGAUGGCCGACAUGUACACCCGCCUCAUGGCAUGUCGGCAGUACGUCUACAACGUUGCCAAGGCCUGCGACGAGGGCCACUGCACCGCCAAGGACUGCGCGGGUGUGAUUCUUUACUCCGCUGAGUGUGCCACACAGGUGGCCCUGGAUGGCAUCCAGUGUUUCGGCGGCAACGGCUACAUCAAUGACUUUCCCAUGGGCCGCUUUCUGCGAGAUGCCAAGCUGUAUGAGAUCGGGGCCGGGACCAGUGAGGUGAGGCGGCUGGUCAUCGGCAGAGCCUUCAACACGGACUUCCACUAACGCCAAGACCUGCACCCUCUUCCCAGCACCUCGAGGCCUUUCUUUGGAAGUAGAGUUGUGGCAGCUCUCGUCCCCUGCCUGAGGCAGUUCCUGGGGCUUGGCUGCCCUUGCACUCGCCUGCUGGCCUCUGCAACGAGGUUGCGUCCUCUACAAUGGCAGCCAAGCACUGGCCGCGGAGCCAGGCCAGCCAGCCUAGGAAGUGUUCAGUGGCUUAAAAUGGGCUCGACAGGAAGCACAGUGGCUUUUCUGGGCUACGGGGAUGGGCUUUGGUGACGGGCCUUGCUCUCUAAAUUCCAAGCCUGACGCACCCACCUCCCACGGUGGUCACAUGGGGGCAGGCAGGCAGUCACCUCCUUUUGGGGGGUGAGCCUUGGCAGGGAGCCCUCUGCUCAUUUACUUGAACCUGGUGGCUUUUCCAGGGGGAAAACCCCCAAAACCUAGCCUUUCUUUCUGCUGAUUUCCAGAGGCAUCAGCCCCUCGCAGCUUGUGAGCAGGCACCCACUCUUCACAGCCCUGCAUCCUUCCAGGGGCUUCACUCUUUAGGGCUGAAAUCCCCCACUCAGGGGUGGAGCUCUGGGAACAGGCAUCUCAGAACAUGUGCCAUGUAGACCAGCGGUCACCAACCGGUGGUCCGCGAGGUCCGAAAGGUUGGUGACCGCUGGUUUAAGGAAACCUUUGGAGCAGCGGUCGCCAACCGGUGGUCCGCAGACCACUGGUGGUCUGUGAGGUCCGAAAGGUUGGCGACCGCUGAUCUAGACUCUGCGGUGGGGUAGAGGUCAGCAUGCUUGUAAAGGAUCAGCACCUCUGAGCCCUUCAGCACUGCUGGGCCACCACCACCAUCGUCCUGGCCAUGUGACAGCCCGCAGCUGACCGGGCAGCAGGCCUGCGUUGGCUGGCUCCACUCCAGCGAGGGCUGCCUGUGUACAUUUCUCUGGACACCCUACGGCUAAUUCUGUUACAACUGCACAGCGGCUGCUGCCAUUUUAUAUUAAACGUUACGAAGCAGACCCA